UUAAACUGCCAGAGAAGCGCAGGCAAGAAGACAAUGGACUCGUACCUUCCAGUUCUCCAGAACCAAACAAAUGUUUGCAUGGAUUUCGGAUUGAAAUUCGAUCCAAGUUUGCUCCUUUAAUGGAUGGAAUGAGAGCUCAAGAGGAGAGUUUAUUGUUCUGAUUGGUGGAUUUUGAUUUCGUUUGGAGUGCCAGCAUGAAUUCCAGAGCUCGGAUUGGAAGCAGGAGUGAUAAAGUGAAAGGGAUGGAGAAGAAGGAGAAUAGGACUGAGAUUAAAGUAGUUAAUAGAUUAAUGGAUACAAACAAGGCCUCAAGUAGAAUCAAAUCCAGAAGGGAGAGGAAGCUUGCUCUGCAACAAGAUGUUGACAAGCUCAAGAAGAAACUCAGACAUGAAGAGAAUGUCCAUAGAGCAUUAGAAAGAGCUUUCACUAGGCCUUUGGGUGCUCUCCCUCGCCUUCCUUCUUAUCUUCCUUCAAAUACAUUGGAGCUUUUGGCUGAGGUUGCUGUUUUAGAGGAAGAGGUUGUGAGGCUUGAAGAACAGGUUGUGAAUUUCUGGCAAGGCCUUUACCAGGAGGCAAUCUACAUAUCAUCUUCCAAGAAAACCAUGGAAAAUGAGUCUGAGUUUUGUUGUGAACAAUUCUCAUUGAAUCAGCAUUUCAAUCCAAAGGCUUUAUUUUCUUCGGCUUCAAUGAGAUGGUGUCUGAAGAAGCCGAAUUCAUCUUCGGUGUUUGCUAAUUCUACUAGGAAUGUUAAGCCAACACAAGCAAAGAAGUCAGAAUGUGUGGUAACCGAUAUCGAAGUAUUAGAAGCUGGUUUUCAUAGAAAUUCAAAUGCAGUUAAUGAGGAAGAGAGUGGCCCGAACAAAUUGUCGGAAGAUAUCCUGAAGUGCUUGAUGAGUAUUUUUUUCAGAAUGAGCUCCCAAAGGAAUUCAAUAGUGGACUUCGAGAUGCCUUCUUCACUUUCAUCUUCUUCGGAUAGUCCAGAAGGCAUAGACUUUAGAGAUCCUUAUAAUGUAUGCAAGGAAUUCGGAAAAAGAGACAUCGGCCCUUAUAAGCAUCUCCGAGCCAUUGAAGCAAACUCCAUUGAUUGGAAUCUUGUUAAGGGUUCUUCGUUUCUUACCCGGAAAUUAAAAAUUUUGCUCGGAAAGCUCACAUUGGUGGAUUUAGCAGAGCUUACCCAUCAGCAGAAGCUUGCUUUUUGGAUUAACAUUUAUAAUUCAUGCAUGAUGAAUGCAUUCUUAGAGCAAGGCAUGCCUCCUACUCCACAAAUGAUUGUCGAAUUGAUGCCGAAGGCUAUGAUCAAUGUGGGUGGUCACUCACUCAGUGCAAUGACUAUAGAGCAUUUUAUACUGAGAUUACCAUAUCAGUCUAAAUAUACGAAUCCAAAAGGAUUAAAGUACGAUGAUGUUACCACUCGAGCCAUCUUCGGGUUGGAUUGGCCUGAACCAUUGGUCACAUUUGCACUCUCAUAUGGAAGUUGGUCUUCUCCUGCAGUGAGAGUGUACACAGCCUCACAAGUCGAAAAAGAACUAGAGAAAGCUAAAAGAGAUUAUUUACAAGCCGCAGUAGGGAUACCAACAGCGAGCAAACUCGCAAUUCCAAAGCUUCUUGAUUGGUAUCUGCCUGAUUUUGCAAAAGACGUCGAGUCUCUAAUGGACUGGAUAUGCUUACAACUACCCGGUGAGUCAAGAAACAAUGCAAUCAAAUGCCUUGAGGCCGGGCGAAAAAGUUUAGUUCCACAACCAAUACAAGUUUUGCCAUAUGACUUCAGUUUUCGAUACCUCUUGGCAUCAUGAAAAGGAUAACUGUUAAUACAUCUUCAAAGUAAAUAUACAAGAGUUCAUCAUACACGUAUUGCUUGUGAUACCAGUAGUUGGCUGCCAACAUCAGUACAGCUCAAACAACAUUAAUGAGCAUACACCAAUAUGGAAUUUUUUUUAUCUGUCGCGCAAUUGUAUCGAAAGAGGACCACGAAACUUUGGAGAAUGAGGCAAAGGGUCCCCUACAAUGUUGAUAAAGCUCGUGAGUCAAGAAAUUGGAGGCAAUUGAGGACACCAACCAAACCUCCAGUUAAGCAAAAGAUCAACAGAUUUGAUUGACAGA